AUGGACUUGAGUUUGCCAGGGAUAUCUGCAAAGACUAAAGAGACCUUUGAAGGAGAAGAGUUCAGUUGCGAGGAAGUAGAUAGAAUCAGCAAUUUACCUGAUGCAAUUCUCUGCCAUGUACUAUCUUUUCUUCCCAUCAAAUUGGCAGCACAAACAGGGAUUUUAUCUAAAAGAUGGAAGGAUCUAUGGGUUUCAGUGCCUGUACUAGAUUUUGAGAUGAAUCUCAAGGCGAAUUUGGAUGGUGAUUGGAGCACCUUUGAGAACGUAGUAAAGAGUCAGAUGGAGAAAUUUUUAAGCUUUGUUGAUAGGCUUCUGGCAGUUCGAGGCAAUUUACGCAUCAGAAAAUUCAGGCUGGCAAGUGAUAGGAUUGACCUUGAAUCCCUGAAUAGCUUGAUGAGCACCUUGCGCGAUGUUGAAGAACUUAAUCUGUGUAUUUUGGGAUACGGUGGGAUGUUUCCAUGGACUGACUUAUCACUCUAUGAAUCACUCAACAUUAUGAAACUCUCCGGGGAUAUUAUGCUUUACAUUCCAUCAGUUCUUUCUUUUCCUAACCUUAAGAUCCUGCAUCUUGACUCAGUGUCAUAUGGAAACAAUGAGGCAAUCCCAAACCUUCUUUAUAGUUGCCUUGUUCUUGAGGACCUGCAAAUAAAGAGGACAGAUUGGGAUCACAUCCAGAACCUUGUCAUCUCCGUGCCGUCAUUAAAAAGGUUGGAUCUGGACUUUCUAAUGGACGAAAUGCUGUUGUAUCACUCGGAGGUGAUCCAGUGCAGCUUGUCUGUUGAUGCACCUAAAGUGGAAUAUUUAAGACUUGUCGAUUACCUGUCGGAUUCUAUCUUAGUGAAUCCUAUGCCUUACAUUACUGAGGCGUACGUUUCUAUCAGCAAAGUUAUACUGCCUGAUAACUGGACACCAGAGCAAGAACGUAACUAUGGAAGCAAUGUAUGUGCACUAUUUCACUGUAUCUCAAAUGUCAAGCAUUUAAGAAUUGGAAGUCCAACUAUGAAGGCUCUGAAGGAGGCUUUUGAUGAAAGACCACCAAUGUUUCGUAACUUGGUUCGCCUGGAGAUGGAUUUUAAAGGGGUUAAGGGUACGUUAUUACUGCCAUCUUUGCUUGAUGUCUCACCAACUCUGGAGACCCUUAUCUUGCCUCAGGGGAUAAACAAUCCUUGCAGACUAGGCUUUACCAAUGAGGAGAAUCAAACAGUGACCCAACACUGGAAACCUCCACUAAACGUGCCUCGUUGUUUGCUUAAUACAUUAAAGGUGGUAGAAAUUUGCGGAAUCAUUGGAGAAGUUGAGGAAGAAGAACUGAUGCUGUUGAAAUACAUUCUAAAAAAUGCAAUGGUUAUGGAGAGGAUGACAAUCAUGUGCGAAGAACAGAAUCACGCCAGGGAAAACACUUCAGCCGCUUGUGUACUCGUCGAUAGAUUUCCCUUCAGACAUGACCUUAUGAAUCAUGGCAGGGAAUAUAUCGUAGAAGUCAUGGACUUGGGUUUUUCGGGGACAUCUGGGAAGAUUAGGAAGACUUUUCAAGGAGAAGAGUUUGAUAGCAACGGACAAGAUAGAAUCAGCAAUUUACCUGAUGGAAUUCUCUGUCAUGUGCUAUCUUUUCUUCCCAUCAAAACAGCAGCCCGGACUGGGAUUUUGUCGAAAAGAUGGAUGGAUCUAUGGGCUUCAGUGCCUGUACUAGAUUUUGACAGCAGAGCUGAGAGUCUGGCAGGGGGAUUUAUAAGCUUUAUGGAUAGGCUUCUGACAGUUCGGGGCAAUUUGAGCAUUCGUAAAUUCAGGCUAGCAUGUGAUAAAAUUGACCCCGAAUGCCUCAAUAACUGGAUGAGCACUAUGCGUAAUGUUGAGGAACUUAAUCUGCGUUUUCGGAAAUUCGGGUUGUCACCAGGAAUUAACUCUUGGUUAGCUGAAUCUCUCAAAGUUAUGAAACUCAACUGGGAUAUUUUGCUGGACAUACCAUCAACUAUUUCUUUUCCUAGGCUUGAGGUCCUGCACCUUAAUUCAGUGCAUUAUGUAGAUGACCAGUCUAUCACAAAGCUAUUUUCAGGUUGCCCCGUCCUUGAGGAUUUGCAGAUAACAAGGUCAAAAUGGGAUAAUGUUAACAACUUUGUCAUCUUGGUGCCCUCAUUAAAAAGGUUGGAUUUAUACUUCUCAAUGGAUGAAAUGCUCUCAUAUAAUCCUGAGUGCAGCUUGAUUGUUGAUGCGCCAAAAGUGGAGCAUUUGAGACUAUUCGAUUUUGUGUCAAAUAGUAUCACAGUGAAUCCUAUGCCUUAUGUGACUAAGUCGCGCAUUUCUGUCAGCAAAGAGUACUAUUAUAACAUAUCAAGACAAAAAAUGCGUGACUAUGAAAGCAAGAUUUGUGCGCUAUUUUGGAGUAUCUCUAAUGCAAAGUAUGUAAUUGUGGGAAGUCACAUGAUGGAGGAUCUUGGCGAGUCCUUCACUAAAAGACUGCCUGUAUUUCACAAUUUGGUUCACCUAGAGCUGGAUUUUGAAGAAGUGAAUGGUGCAAUUUUUUUGCCAACUUUGCUAGAAGCCACUCCAAAUCUGGAAACCCUUAAAUUGCCCCAGGGGAUUACCUAUUUUCUUAAAGAAGGCUAUAUUAAUGACUACGAGGAAAAUUCACAUGUCAAAUAUGUUUGGAUGCCUCCCAAAAAUGUACCUCGUUGUUUGCUUUCUACCUUGAAGAUGGUAGAAAUUCGGGGAAUCUCUGGCGAAGUUAAGCUAGAACUAAAGGUGAUAAAGUAUUUUCUCAAAAAUGCAAUGGUUUUGGAGAGGAUGACAAUUUUUUGUGAAGAGCUUAGGGGACCUGGUGAUGAUGAUUUAUCUGAUUGGGAAAGGUCUUCAACUGAUGGGAUUUCCGUUGUGCCAGUUGAUGUAAUGGACAGAACCAGCAGUUUGCCUGAUGGAAUACCUUGUCACAUGCUGUCAUUCCUGCCAACCAAAAUGGCAGCACAAACAGGGGUUUUAUCCAAACGAUGGACUAGUUUGUGGAUUUCAGUUCCUGUGCUCGAUUUCGAAGGGCUGAAAGAUGCCGACUUUGCUAAUCCAAGAACUGUGGACUCAGAUUUCAUGUUUGUUGAGCGUGAGGGGGCAGGUUUCACUAGCUUUAUGGAUAGACUCCUGGCUCUCCGUGGUGAUUCCAGGACUCGAAAAUUCAGGCUGGCUUCUGAAUUUCUCGAGCCUAGAUUACUGUACAAGUGGCUGCGUUCACUGCGUAAUGUGGAGGAGCUUGAUCUGGAUGAUUUGAAGAUAUCCAGGGAUGAUUGGGACAACGUUAAGAAUUUCGUCAUCUCGGUGCCUUCAGUUAAAAGGCUGGAUUUAGAGUUUCAAACCACGGAGAUGGUCUUAUAUGAUUGGGACAAUGAAGAAGAGAUAGUUUGCAAAUUUAUCCCUGAUGUGAAGUCUUUGGCAAUUGGAAGUUUCACAAUGGAGUCCCUUAGUGACGCUCUUGAAAUAAGAUUACCAAUGUAUCACAAAUUGGUUCACUUGGAGGUGAAUUUUAACGGUGUGGCUGGUGCAAUGUUGCUGCCAAGACUGCUUGGAGUUGCUCCGAUGCUGGAGACCCUUAUCCUGCUAUUGUUCUUUCCGACAGGCUUCACCUACGAAGAGAAUGAUAAGUGCAGGUUCAGCAACCAAACAUACGAAUGGAAUCCUCCAGCAGAUGGGCCUCAUUUUUUGCUUAAUACCUUAAAGGUGGUGGAAAUUCGGCGAAUUACAAACAACGUAGUUGAAGAACUGAAGCUGUUUAAAUAUAUUUUGGAGAAUGUAAUGGUUCUAGAGAACAUGACCAUACUGUGUGAGGAAAGGAGAGCAUCAGGUGCUCGUCCAGUCGUCGCCAAUGGAUUCGCCAAUACAUUCGCCACAAUUAGGAAUGAGGUGAUGAAUUAUGGUAGAGGAUCAGUUGCUUGUCAAGUACAAGUCCUGAAUCAAAGUUCUGUAGCACAAACUGGCUCAAGAAAAUUCUCCUCGUUGUUUGCUUUCUACCUUGAAGGUGGAGAAAAUUUAGCGAAUAUCUUGCCAUCUGGAGGAAGAACAAAAGCUUUUCGAAUAUUUUCUGAGAAAUGCAAUGGUGCUAGAGAGGAUGACAAUAUUGUGUGCAAUAUAGAACAUUUCUGGUGGACCAAUACCCUCUUUGAGAAGAACAGAAGCUGGUGUGCACUACUGGUAAAUUGCCCUUCUGGGAUGACUUAA